AUGGAACAUGAAGAAGAUCGAGAAAAUUCCGGUGACGGCCCAUCAUCCACUGACCGGAAAAAGAGUGGUUCAGACGAUAAUCAAGAAGAACAUGACUUAACCGGAGGAGAAGAAGAAGAAGAAGAAGAAGAUCGGCAAGUUAUGAAUUCCCCGGAAUCAAUGAUAUGUGGUGGUCCGAGAGCUCCCGAAAGGAGGCAUCAGUGUAAGGAGUGCGACAAGAUUUUCAGCUCCGGCAAGGCUUUAGGCGGGCACAUGAGCAGCGCCCAUGUCCAGGCCAGCAAGGAUUAUUCUUUCAAGAAGCUCAAAUCCAAGAUCACGGGCUCCCGGGCCCACCUGAGCUCGUCGGAGGACAACGCGUGCCCCAUAUGCGGAAAGCUGUUCCAUUCCCAGAAGUCGCUGUACGGCCACAUGCGGUGCCACCCGGAUCGCGAGUGGAGAGGGAUGGAACCGCCCAGAUUGGGGAUGAGCCAAGAUCAAGAUUUUGGCGAUUCUUUGAGGGGGUGGCCUGUGAAGGCUAGACGCGGCCGGCGCCCACAGCCUCCUCCUCUUGCUGUUUCAAUCUCGGAUGAGUAUGAGGAUGAGGAAGCUGUUUGGGCUGGGCACCAACUUCUCAGCUUGCUCAAACCGAAUCUUGACGGUAAAGAAAACGGCUAUCAGGCCACAGUUGGAUUUGGGGACCAUUGUUACGGGCCGGGUUCUGAUAACACAGUUGAUUGUUAUGCUGUGAAGAAAGAAGUAGGUUAUGGGUUUGAGGUCAAUCCCGAGCCUAGACAAGAAACCGAAACCGAAACCCUGGCCCAUGAGUCCAAGAGGCAGAAAACAAACUACCGGGUGAAAAUCAAGAACACCAAUUGCACAAUCAAUACCAAUGGCAAGGGGAAAGUGAAGAUGGACGAUACUAAGGGGAAAGGUAAGACUGAUUUUCCACCUGGGCCCGAAAAUCCGGACCACAUUGAAUCCGAAAACAACAACCUCUUUUUCACGGCCAUCGGCGUCCUGGUUAACGGAAUGCGAGAAGAUCAUCCCGAUCUGAGCUUUGAUUUCAAGAAACCUGUUGUGGAGAAUGUGUUGGUUAGGCCUGAUGGUUUGUGCUAUUCGAGCCCGGAUAAAUAUGCAUGCAGCAUGUGCAGUAAAGUCUUCCCUACCCACCAGGCACUGGGUGGCCACAAAUCGAGCCACAACAAGUUCAAGAUCAACAUUGUGAAUGCGGUCGAUCAAGUUACGACUUCCGAGGACAAGAAUUCGAACCGUAAAGUGAGAAAGAAUGGUGAACAGAAACAAGCUCAACUCAAGUGUGAUGAUAAUAAUGGUGGCAAUAUUAAAGACAAAGGGAAAGUUGUGUGGGGUUUUGAUCUCAACAUGAUGCCUGAUGAUGAAGAUGUUGAAGAUUCCUCUGGUGACAAAUCUGAGGUUUAG